AUGGCUGUUACUCGGGUUGGUUUAGUUGGCCUUAUCAGCAAGAAGCCCGAAGGGUUGGGUCCCCACGCCUGGGCCGCGUUUGCCCUUCUUCCCGUCUUCCUUCACUCUCCUGACUAUGAGUUAGUUGCGCUGUGCAACUCUUCACUCGAGUCCGCUCGCCGUGCAAUUGAAGCGUAUGAGCUACCUUCAUCUGUGAAAGCAUACGGAAACCCCGAAGAUCUUGCCAAAGAUCCGGACGUUGAUCUAGUCGUCAUCAGCGUGGGAGUCGGCAAGCAUUUCCAAAUCGCCAAGCCUGCACUCCUCGAGGGGAAGAAAGUUUUUGUCGAAUGGCCACUGGGAGCGUCGACAGAGGAAGCGGAAAUACUCACGACCCUCGCUCGUGAGAAGAAUAUCAAGACGAUUGUCGGAGUCCAGGCAAGAGCAGACCCUCUCAUCCUCAAGGUUAGGGAAAUUGUCCAGAGCGGAAAGCUUGGCAAAAUCACUAGCUCCAAUGUUCUUGGGUCUACAAGUGGCCUGCCAUCUCAUUUCUGGUUCAAUGGAAUGGACUACUAUCUGGACAUUAAAUCCGGAGGCAAUUUGUAUCACAUCUACUUUGGUCACUUCCUUGAUUCCUUUACCUAUGUUCUAGGCGAUUUUGAGACACUCCAAUCAGAUCUCAAAACCGAAAUCACCGAAAUACCUGUGAUGAAAGAUGACGGAACUCUCACGGAGCCCCUGAAGAAAAAUACCCCUGACCACGUCCUUGUCCAAGGAAGACUUAAGAGUGGCGCCAUGGCUUCCAUCGCCUACCGCUGGUGCUACCUCCAAGAGGCCGUGGGUGACGUGGGAAUUCGGUGGAUCGUCUCUGGGACAGAGGGUGAACUUGAGUUGACAACGGAUCAAGGAUCGUGGCAAAUGAAUUUCCCGAAUCGGAAGCUCAAGUUGAGGCUCAGGGGAAAACCGGAAGAAGACGUCGAUUUCUCGGUUGCGAAUGCUGGAUUUGUCCAGAACAUGGAAUACUUUGGGCAGAACAGCGGGCGGAUCUUGGACGCCUUUGCCAACGGGGACCAAACUGUAUAUGCUGACUUUAGCUCUGCCACGCAGACCCACAAGCUUCUUGAUGAGAUCCUUAAGAAGUCUGCACAUGAGCUUUAA